AACUCAAAAUUAAACAAUUUACAUACAUAAGUAGCUAGUUCUCUCGUCUAUACUCUCUAUUAAGUACUUCUUAUAUAUUUACAAAGAUUAAGUAGGGCACAACAAAUGGGCUCUCGAGUGUUGCUAUUAUUGGUGGCAUUGUUUGCCAUUGUUUCUUCCAUUGCCUUGGCAUCUGAUCCUAGUUCUCUUCAGGAUUUUUGUGUUGCAGCCUCCAACUCUCCUGUUCUAGUGAAUGGGAUUGUAUGUAAGGAUUCAAAGAUGGUGGGGGCCCAAGACUUCUUCUUUAGCGGGCUACAAAAACCUGGAAACACAUCAAACGCACUGGGUUCUAGAGUUACUCCUGUUGGUGUAACUCAAAUUUCAGGGCUCAACACACUGGGAAUUUCCCUAGCUAGAAUUGACUAUGCCCCCUGGGGAAUCAACCCACCACACACACAUCCAAGGGCUAGUGAGAUUUUGACUGUUAUAGAAGGAAGUCUAGAAGUGGGCUUUGUCACAUCUAACCCAGACAAUCGUCUCAUUACAAAAAUUCUUCAGAAGGGUGAUGUGUUCGUGUUCCCAGUUGGGCUCAUUCAUUACCAAAAAAAUGUUGCUCAUGGGAAUACAAUAGCCAUUGCUGCCUUGAGUAGCCAAAAUGCAGGGGUUAUUACCAUUGCCAAUGCUGUAUUUGGAUCUAAGCCUGACAUCCCCGUUGAUAUUCUUGCCAAGGCUUUUCAAUUGGACAAGACUGUGGUUGUGAAUCUUCAGUCUAAGUUUUAAAUAGAACAUAUCUCUUUUAGGUUUUAUGCUGAGUGUUAAAAUCAAUACUUAGAAAAUGAUUGUGUGUAUCCACUUGAGGGUUAAGAUGUUUGUGAUGUAUGUUUUCUUUAUUUAGUUUAACAUAUCCAAUAUGGUUGUGUAUUUCCUUGUUAAUUAAUUGAAUUGUUGGUUUUAUUUCAUUUGAAAGAUAUGGUAGAAAAAAGUCCAAAUUAUUCAUGCAUAUAAAAAAGUCUUAGAUUAUUUAGGGAAACGUAUUAAAGACUAUUUUUUUUUUUGAUAAAUCAGGACAUUAUAUUUGUGAC